ACGAGGCAUAAACAAAUACUAUGAUUAAAAUAUUCUCAAAGUCCUAGAAUCCAAUCUCUCUUUCCCAACCUUUUCACUUUUAUUCAUCAACACGAUGGAAACAUAAAGUUUGGUUGGCUUCCUGCCAUUUCCUUCUCUCUUUCUUCACCAUUGUACAUUGAUAAUGGACCAAAACAACCAACAUCAUCAUCCAUCUCAAUUUGACACUGACAGAAUCAUUAACAGUCCGACAUCACUGGACUUUGAAACUUCAUCCAGAUUCCAUGGCUUUCAAUCAUGGAAUACAGAAGCCAUUGAUGUUAAAAAGAAAAGAAGGUUGCUAAUUGAUCAACUAAGUCUACCCACAUCAAAGCUACCAUGUUGGGGUUCAAGAUCAAUUAGCAUUCCCCAUGGAGAAGAUAACUUCAAGUUUAACAAAAAACCUAAAGAAGAAGGAGAAGGAAGCACUCUCACAAAAAUAACAAUAAAAGGUAAAGAGAUGUCCGAAGAGCAAGUUCGAAUGCAGGGUGAGAAAGAUAAAUUGCAGAAAAGCUAUGGCCAUGAGGAAGAUCUAUUGGAGUUUGGAAGCCAUGGACAUAGCUGCAUUUAUGAGGAAUGUUGCAGUGGCAGUGCUCAAAGCUUGCUCCUCCCCACAGACUCCAAGCAAAACUUCGUUUUGUCAUCUGGGAGAUGGAGCGUAGACUCAGAGACAGAAUCCAAGACUGUCAAACCAACCAUUGAUCAGGAGUUUGAGCAGUACUUUUCUGUGCUUUUGCCAUCCUUGGAUCCCUGAUGUUUAACAUCUUGAAUCCGAUCUUGAAUGUGUGCGUGUAUGUGUUCUUAGAGAUGAAACAGUUCUAGAAAGUAUGCGACAAUUAAAUCCAAGUGAUGUCUGUGAAUGUGAGAUGUAGUGAUUGAGAUUCUACCGAACUAGUCUACGCAAUGCAAUUGAUUUCAAUCAAAUUAUUGCGUCCAACAUUUCCAUAAAAAAAAUCACUCAAAAUACAUGUAUUGAAAUUUUGCCUGUAAUAAAUCUAUGCCUUCGGAAGAACAAGAAACCUCCAAAUUUCACGAACAGAGGAACCAAAGUGACGAAACUAAUGAACGAAUCGAUCAAACAGUUAAAAUUCCGACUAUGAUGUUGUAAAUUUGGCGAAUCGAAUACCAAGAUGGAGCUAAGCACAAGCUUCCCAUCGUGAUGAAGGGGGAAUGGAAAACAGAGCAUCAAGAUCGGGAGGCUGGAAAUAACCGCUUGUCGGAGGGGCCAACUUCCUGCCGGUAACCGCUUUCUUCUUCGGCGGUGGAGGGCAUUUGGAAAACGUCGGAAUUCUACAUGCGUAGCUCUUUGGAGUCAGACAUUCAUCACCGUUCUUGUCGGUCUUCUCCAUUUCCGGCAGCGACAUGUCGAAGGAGAUGAAAACCGCGAAAAUACAACGAAAUGAAUUUUGGAGGCUUUUACGUUAAAAAAUAAAUAAAUAAUGCGUUUGAAAUUUGAAAAUUUUGAAAGUUUGGUGGGAACGGUUGCGUUUUCACCCUAAAACCCAAAAAAAUUCAAUUAAAUGGUUUAAAAUUUAUAGCUUAAUUUCCAAACAUUUAAACCUUUAACCUUUCAAUUUACUUACAUUU